AUGGUCUCGGCAUCCACUCUCUUGGCAGCCUUGCCGCUUCUAGCUGCCGCCAAUGCUGCUGACACUUUGAACCAGUUCAAAAACCUCGGUUUCCAGGGUUACUACUUCGAUGUGGCUUCCAUCGAAGACUCAUCGUCAACCUGCUGCCUGUUGUCGAAAACGCCAACAACCUUCUCGGGUUCCAACAGUCCGCUUGACGAAGAGCUCUCCGUGCAUUUCCGUGGUCCACUCUCGUUGAGCCAAUUCGCUGUGUACUAUAGCAGUGACCUGAAAAAUGGAAACUGGAACCAGGCUUCGUACUAUAACGCAGCCAACGGCACUGCCAACAACGUCACAUUCCUCACCACUGCAGGUGCAAAUUCAACGUGCUUGGGUAAGGCUUUGACCUAUGCCGACUCCGACGGUGUUUCUGCUGCUUCUCUGGCCACUGUGUUGGGAUCCAAGAACCUCAUCGACUCUAACCAAGAGUAUCUGAUUUUCUCCAGUCAAAAGUGUCCCGACUCUGGUGCUAGCAACUCCUGUGGCGUCUACCGUUCUGGUAUCCCCGCCUACCAUGGCUUCCCUGGUACUACCAAAAUGUUCUUGUUCGAAUUCACCAUGCCCAAUGCAACCACAUGGGUUGAGUGGAACUACAACAUGCCUGCCAUUUGGUUCUUGAACGCUAAGAUCCCUCGUACUUCUCAAUACAACCCAUCCGGCAACUGCUCGUGUUGGGGCUCUGGAUGUGGUGAGUUUGAUGCCUUUGAGGUCAUGAACGGUACCCAGUACAGAAACCUUUUCUCGACCCUUCACACUUACCAAGGCACUGGUAACAUCACCUACGGUAUUCCUGCUGCUGGCUACUUUGACAGAAAGCUCAACGACACCAUGUUGGGUGGUGUUAUUUUCGGCACCGACGGAACCGUCUCUGUUUUCAUGCCUGAGCAGAUGUCUUUCUCUCCCAGCCUCUCUGCCUCUACUGUCAAUUCUUGGAUCCCAACCAACGCCGAGCUGGUAGAGACUCUUUCCAGUGUCACUAUUCUGGCCCCUACUGCAUCUGGUCAAUCAGGUAGCAGCUCCACCAAGAAAUCGGACGGUCUUGCUCUCACCGCUUCCCCAGCCUUGGCCAUGUUGACUAUGGUCAUGGCUUUUUUUAAUAUUUUAUAG